CUGCAACCAAGAAACAAAAACCAAGAAAUGUCUCAUUCUGCAAACAAAGAACUGAUACUUGGCAUCAUGGUGGGAAUUACUGGCAUCAGUUUGCUUCUUUUGUGGUACCACAAGGUUCGUAAACCAAGCACAGCAAUGAAUUUACCUAAAUUUCUUUCUCUGGGGAAUGCAUAUGAUUCAAUGACUUUGCAAGAUGAAAUGCAUAAUGACCAAGGAAGGCAACUUCAGAUACUGGAGAAGUUAAACGAAUUACUGACAAAUAUGGAAGAACUCAAAGAGGAAAUCAGAGUUCUUAAAGAAACCAUUCCAAAGCUGGAGGAAUAUGUACAUGGUGAACUUGGAGGAAAGACAGCCACUCAUAGGAUUAGUCCUCAGCACAGAGCUAGGAAAAGAAGGCUUGCCACAGUUCAUAGUUCAGGAACAAGCAAUAGUUCAGAGGAAGCAGAAAGUGAAGGAGGGUAUAUUACAGCUAGUACCGACACAGAAGAACAGAGUUUUCCAGUCCCUAAAGCACUUAACACACAUGCUGAGGAAUUAAAUUUAGAUGUCCUUCUUCGGAAGGCGGACAACUUACGUGCAAAAGAGACGAGCAAGACGGAGAGUUUUGAACUGCUUGAUGACUACAAAGAGAAGUUUAGAGAUGAAGUAGAGUUUAUUUGGCGGUUUGCUCGUGCUUAUGGAGACAUGUCUGAACUAUCUACAAAUAUACAAGAAAAGAAACAUUUUGCUAAUAUUGGAAAGACAUUAGCUGAAAAAGCUGUUACUAGAGCACCCAUGAAUGGACAUUGUCAUCUGUGGUAUGCAGUUUUGUGUGGCUAUGUAUCUGAGUUUGAGGGCUUACAAAACAAAGUCAACUAUGGACAUCGCUUCAAGGAACAUCUAGAUAAAGCAAUCCAAUUAUUACCUGAAGAACCUUUUUUGUAUUACCUCAAUGGAAGAUACUGUUAUGCUAUCUCAAAACUGAGCUGGAUUGAGAAAAAGAUGGCUGCUACUCUGUUUGGAAAAAUACCAUCCUCAACUGUACAAGAAGCUUUGCAAAAUUUCCUUAAGGUUGAAGAUCUACACCCUCGUUUUUCUAAGUCCAAUUACAUGUACCUUGCCAAGUGUUACAUCGAUCUUAAGCAAACAAAGGAGGCCAUGAAGUUCUGUAACUUGGCAGAGCAGCUUCCUUGUGUUACCAAAGAGGAUAAAAUGGCACAUGAAGAUAUGAAAAAAAUGUGCACUGCCUUCAAGGGGUAAAUAAAAGAACUUACUCUUCAACAAAUCAGAUGUGGUCUACUAAAUUUUAAACUUACCAAAGUUGUGGAGGGAGGGGUUGUCUUUUUUUUCUUCUUCUUCUUUUAAUGUAAGGGUAUGUGCUCUGUGCUCAGAUUUUAAGGCAAAACCACGUUUCUGUAGAAUGCAUUCACUAAUAGCACUACAAAACUAAUCAUGUUAUUUGGAGAAG